AUGCUGACUACUGCUGCUGCUUUCGUGUCGACUGCCGCUCUUCUAGCUGCUUCGAUCCCGAAUGUCGAUGCUCACGGCUACAUGCUGAUACCAGAAUCUCAGUUCAAGGGCUCCGCAAACUCAGCGUGGAUCGUUCAGAUCGACCCAGUAUGGGCCAGUGACAAAUGGGAUGGCAACAACGCCAAAAGUGUAGACACCUUCAAAUCUCUUAAAGCCGCUAACAACUUCAAGGACUUGAGGACUCUCAUGGACGACACGUCAGUGUACGGCGCCGACUGUGGUUUCACGAACCCGAACGACACACCGCAGCCUAUUCCUUCCGAUGGCAAGGCCACCUUCUCUCGUGCUCUUGUGCACCAUGGCCCGUGCGGGAUCUGGCUCGACGACAAGAUGGACAUCAAGUCGAUCUUUCCGGUGGACUACUCGUCUUGCAGCAACGGUGGAUGCAAGCAGAUGCGUUUCUACUGGUUGGCUUUCCAGGGUCUUAACAAGAAGACCGUGUGGCAGUCAUACAGUAAGUCCCCUGUCACUCCGGCCCCGUCGUCCAAGUGCAACGGUCGCAAACGCCGCUACUAA